CUCCUCCCCGCGACCGCUACAUUCUGCGCCGAAACCCAGUCUCUCCCGGUCCGUAUUUUAACUUCUUCCCACAGACCUAGUGGUACCUCGUUGGGUACCGGGAGACAGUUUGGAUUACUGGCAUCACGGAUUGAGUGCGAUUUUACGCGGAUGACGACUCCUUCAACGAGAAUUUAGUAAAAGAAAAUUGGUCGGAAAUUUCAGAAUAUGUGGAGGGGACCCUAAUUUCAGCAUCCUGGAAGUAGAAAGCACAGAAGAUCUGUGUCUCACACCACAGACAGGUGCAGUGUGUAGCCGGGGCAGCACAGAGGAAGGAAGCUCUGGGGAGGAGGCGGUGCGGCAGCGUGCCUCUCCGGCUGUGGAUGUGCUGGGUGGCAACCCCCAGGCUGCACAGAAUGUGGCUGGGGAGUCACCUCGGCAUGCCCCGCAGCCGGUCGCAGCUGCCUCCCGCCCAGUCCCUCCGUUCACCAAUCCGUCCACUGUGCCACUGCCGGAGAGCAACGACCCAGCAUUCCUCGGCAUGGAGAACGCCCCUCAGACCAACUUGCCUGAGACUCUCCCGAUCAGCAGCGACUCCAAGGACAGCAUCUCAGAACAAGUCCCUGCUGAGGAGAGCGCUGUCGGACUUUCGAGGUCCUUGCAAACAUCCCUCAAUGAGGACUGUAGUUCCUCCGCUGAGAUGCAAAGGCUUCCAGCUUCCCUUUGUCCCCCUCUCGCCACAGAUACACAGAUUGACAGCACAGUGCAGGAGUUGCAAUACGGGUCACAAACUGAUAACGAGAAAAGCCACUCAAUUAGCCAGACAAACCAGAUUCAGCCACCUAGAGAAGGUGCUGGAGUUGUGGUUAUUACGGGGACAAAGGAGAAACAGUCUGUCACAUUGGAAUAUAAACCAGAGACUGGAACAAACAUGGAACUUGGUGGAAAAGAGCACACAGGCGGAAAUAUUCUCCCUCAACCCCAGUCUCAAAUCUGUUUCACGGCCUCAUCUCCAUCUAUCCCACAAUCAAGUGUUAAAGUCCAAGACACCGCAGAACACGGGGUUACGGAGCAGCCUGAUGGGGACCCACUUGUCCACGCAAAUCAAAGCAGCCAUAUACCUCCGCCAGGGCAGGCAGGUGGCCGCCAGGACUCAAAAUCGUCUCCGCUGCCUUUACCCUCACCUGUCGACAGUGAGAUUAAACAAACUGACCUGUCAAAAACACAACCGAAAAUCAUCAAAGAGAUCUCAAAUGAUGCCAGAGAAACACAGAAACAAAAUUCUUUGGAAGCAGUUGAGAUGUUUGAGCACGUUAAAGAGCUUGUUGACACUUCUCACAAAGAAAUACAACCUCCCUCCGCUGAAAUACUUGAGACCCCAAAGGCAAGAGAACCAAUUCCUGGAUUAUACACUUCUCCCGGAAAAGGAAGCUCAGUGUCCGGCAACAUCCAGAGGGGCUGCCAUCCACUGGAAGGAGAGCAGGUGGAGAGAAGCAUGAGGGAAGAACAAACUUACCCCUCCUCAUCCGACUUAACAAUGGUGCCAGAGUACUCCUACACACAGGAGAGUUCCUCCAAACCCUCUGUUGCACCGCCACUGUUUGACACAGGCCUGGUUGUUUCACUGCAGGCGGAGCAGGUUGUUGAAGCAGAAACAUCUCAUCCCUCCGACCAAGUCCCCACAACAGAGACGCCACUCACUGCUGAGCUUGUGCAUUCAGCUGAAGCUCAAGAAAUUGUUGUUGUCAGAGAGGAGGCUCAUAUCAGUGGGGACUGGUCUAACAUGCACCUGAAUCAGAGUUACCUCCUGCAGCGAGAAGACGGCAGCGUCUGUGAAGCUGCCAUUGUUAACGAGCUGAGCUCUGAACUCUCUACUGGGGAACCAAAGCUGUAUGAGAGUGUUGAGGCAGAUAUUGAGUUAGACUCACAACCCGUGGAAGUGUACGAGUUUUGCACCCUGGUUGAGGAGGUUGCUGAGGAAACAGUCUGUGCCAGCAGUAGUGCACAGAUACCUCACUCUCCAGGAUAUGAGGUGAACUUAUUCAACGCAUUACUGGAGCACUCUGAGGAGGACCUUGAACCAUCUAUUCACACAAUUAAUGAAAGUGGCACCGUCAUUAUUUCCCAGCAGCCCUUGCCUUCGUUGCCUAAUGCAAAUCAAAUACAGGCGAACAGUAAUUCCCAUAAUUUGUCCAUACAAAACACAAGGGUAGCAGCGGUCGGGCAGCAUUUGGUAUUAGAUGCUAACCAAGCUGUUGAAGUGGCUAACUCAAGUGAGGUUUGUUUAGUUGAAGUAGCUGCUGUUACAUCUGACUCAUUCGCUGUUGAACAGACGGGCACCAGUCCAAAAAUUGUGACAUCUUGCACACAGGUCAGUGCAGCCCUUUUGGACCAAACAGAGGUGAGUGAUUCUCCUGUAAUUCAAAUGAUUCCCCAAAAACAGAAAGUAGAGGCAGCAACUGGUGCACUCUCUUUCAUAUCCCCGGUGGUUACUGGUGAGGACGUCCCUGUUGCUGUUUCACUACAUGUUCAGCCCUCUCUAAAUCAGACUGUUGUAAGUGCCACAAAGCGUGAGGCCUAUGUUUCUUCACUCGAAGGGACCAAAGACACCCCUGCUUUGACAGAGACUCCAUCACAGAGUAUCCAGAAUGUUGCUGUGCCCGCAGGAACCAAACCAGAGGCUCUCUGCACCACUCACUCCUCUGGUGUUAUAAAUCCAAAGCUGCUCCUUCUUAAACAGGGAGAAACUCCUCUCCUGAUACACCCACCCCCCCUUUUGGCACAGGUGUCCAAGCAGCAGAGUGCAGCCGGCAAUCUGGCCAAUGCCCACAGCUCUUGGUCUGGCACAGUGUCUGAGGAGUGCCUUCCCCAAACUGUCUCAGACUCUUUAUGUGCGCCCGUGGCUCCUAGCGGCCAUAAAGAUCAGACGCAAUGCUCUGUCAAUAAAACUUCAGUGUCAGCAGCCCUGCCUGUCAAGGUACAGCAGCCCACUAUGAGCGGUAACUCGCUUCAACUUGGCCAGACUGCAUCUGUCACCCCCACAACCUCAACAAGCAAAUCUGACAAAGAGGCCUUAACUGUUACUAAAACUUCAAGCGAAGCAAAUCCUGCGUCCCAGGAUGUUGUCACCCCGACAGAAGCUACGACGCCUAACGCCCUUUACAUGCUCUCAGCAUCCGUUGAAAGAGACGGUGCAGUCAUGGCACCAAACAGUCUGGAUGACCCUGCCAGCCAACCGGACUCGCUCUAUGUUGAGGAGGAGGGUGACGACAUGGAGCAGGACGAACCAACUGAGGACACUGAGGCUCAGGAGCCCACUUCAGGACAGGUCAGCAGUCCAGAGGAAGGCAGUGAUGAAGAACCUGAUGAAGACAAAACAGAAAGUGAGAUGACCGCCCACAGCUCACCACAUAAGCAUGGACAGAGCAGGACAGACAGAAAGGCACUGUUCCUAAAGGUACGCCAGUGGAUAGCAGACAGGGUCACCGCAAACUCCUCCCCUGUCUCACCCUCCACCUCGUCGUCUUACCCCGGCCCCUCACCCACCAGUGAUUGGUCCACCCCACGACGGGAGAAGUCCUCGCCUCUCCGGGGUCCUCAUGGGAAGUUUGUUUCUCCUUCCUCUGUUGGCGGCUACAGUUCCUCCUCUUCCCCACCGGAUCAGGCCACCCCUCAGCGACCCCGUGGAGAGCGUCACACAGACAUGGCAGAGCUGGCUAAACAUGAAGCAGACAUCGAGCAUCGGACCCAGGCACUGAAGCGAGAGGGCUUUUGGUCAAUGAAGCGUCUAACCCGCCUGACAGAGCCGCCAAGACCCAAAGUUCACUGGGACUACCUGUGCGAAGAGAUGCAGUGGCUCUCUGCUGACUUUGCUCAGGAGCGAAGGUGGAAGAGAGGGGUGGCUAGGAAGGUGGUACGGAUGGUGAUGAGACAUCACGAGGAACUGAGGCAAAAAGAAGAAAAGGCCAAGAGAGACGAGCACGCUAAGAUCAGGAGAGUUGCCUCUUCUAUCGCAAAGGAGGUCCGGGCUUUCUGGAGCAGCGUGGAGAAGGUGGUGCAGUACAAGCAGCAGUCCAGACUGGAGGAGAAGAGGAAGAAGGCCUUGGACCUUCAGCUGGACUUCAUUGUCGGCCAGACGGAGAAAUACUCAGACCUCCUCAGCAAGUCACUCGCACCCACCAGACCUGUUGAAGCUGAACCUGAACCUGUCCCACAGACUCCACAGAAAUCUGUGCCAGCUCCCGUCGAUGAGGAUGACAGAGACUUUGAGCCUCCAUGUGAGGAGGAGGACGAUGAGGAGACCAUAGAGGUGGAGGAGCAACAGGAGGGCAAUGAUGCUGAGAGCCAUCGGAGAGAGAUUGAACUGCUGAAGGAGGAGGGCUUGCUGCCCCUCGACCAGUUACUCAGCACCCUCAAACUGCCAACGGAGUCGGGCUCAGAUGAAGAAUGCUCUGAUGAAACCUCCUCAUCGGUGGAGGAGGAAGAGGAAGAUGGCGAAUUCACAGCCAACGAAGAGGAUGCUGAGGAUGAGGAGGACACCAUCGCUGCCCAGGAGAAGGUCGAGGGAAACGUGGAUCACGCAGAGGAGCUGGAUGAUUUGGCCAGAGAAGGUGAUAUGACUGUUGAGGAGCUGCUGGAGAAGUACAAAGGAGCAUACGCCUCAGACUUUGAGGCACCGUCUGCAUCUGGCUCCAAAGAAAGCUCUGAUUCGGAGGUGUCUGGGGAUGAGGAGGAGGAGACUGAGGAAGAUGAGAGUGAUGUGGAAAGCAACACUUCCUCCUCAGAUUCACCAGGAGACAGUGCAGAGGAUGAUGACAGUGAGAAGGAUGAAGAGGAGAGUGAGGAAGAUGAUGAUGAUGAUGAUGAUGAUGGCUGUGGAGAUGAAGGGAUGGAGGUCUUGCUGAAGGAGGGAGACAACAGCCCACCCUCUGCUAGCUCACGGCCAAAGAAAGAGAUCAGCCACAUUGCUGCGACUGCAGAGAGCCUGCAGCCUAAAGGCUACACGUUGGCCACCACAAAGGUGAAGACCCCCAUCCCAUUCCUGCUUAAUGGCACGUUACGAGAAUACCAGCACAUUGGACUCGACUGGCUGGUCACCAUGUACGAGAAAAAGCUGAAUGGCAUUCUGGCUGAUGAGAUGGGUUUGGGAAAAACCAUCCAGACUAUCGCGCUGCUGGCUCACCUCGCCUGUGAGAAAGGUAACUGGGGCCCUCACCUCAUCAUCGUGCCCACCAGUGUGAUGUUAAACUGGGAGAUGGAGCUGAAACGCUGGUGUCCUGGGUUUAAAAUCCUCACUUACUUUGGCAGCCAGAAGGAGAGGAAGCUAAAGAGACAGGGUUGGACGAAACCUAAUGCUUUCCACGUUUGCAUCACUUCGUACAAGCUGGUACUGCAGGAUCACCAGGCCUUCCGACGUAAGUCUUGGCGGUACCUGAUUCUAGAUGAGGCACAAAACAUCAAGAACUUCAAGUCCCAACGCUGGCAGAGUCUGCUGAACUUCAACAGCCACCGGCGACUGCUGCUGACAGGAACGCCGCUCCAGAACAGCCUGAUGGAGCUGUGGUCUCUGAUGCACUUCCUCAUGCCCCACGUGUUCCAGUCUCACCGUGAGUUCAAAGAGUGGUUCUCCAACCCGCUGACGGGAAUGAUCGAGGGCAGUCAGGAGUAUAACGAGGGCCUGGUCAAGAGGCUCCACAAGGUGCUGAGACCUUUCCUGCUCAGAAGGAUCAAGAUCGACGUGGAGAAGCAGAUGCCCAAAAAAUAUGAGCAUGUGGUGCGCUGCCGCCUCUCCAAGAGACAACGAUUUCUCUACGAUGACUUCAUGGCUCAGGCCUCGACCAGAGAGACGCUGGCCAGCGGUCACUUCAUGUCUGUGAUUAACAUCCUAAUGCAGCUCCGCAAAGUGUGCAACCACCCCAACCUGUUCGACCCUCGACCCAUCCAGUCUCCCUUCAUCACGCAGCCCAUUGUUUUCCACACAGCCUCUCUGGUGCAGGACGCCUUGGAGGUCUCUCCUUUGAAGCGCUGCGACCUCUCUAUGUUUGACCUUGUUGGUUUGGAGAGCCGUGUGUCCCGGUACCAGGCAGAUGUCUUCCUGCCGCGUCACAAGGUCAGCCGGCAACUUAUCCAGGAGAUCACGGAGUCCCCUGAACCCCCUCCGAGACCUAAACCAGUCCGCAUGAAAGUCAACAGGAUGUUCCAGCCGCCUCCUAAAAGUGAUAAUCGACCGGUCCUGCUGAUGAACAAACCCACCUGCUCUGUGCCGCCUGCAGCACAGACCCCCAAACCUCCUCCAGUGACUGAAGUCACAUCAACUCCUGCUCCUGCUCCUGUAGUUCAGCAAGUUGUGUGUUCAGUCGCAACCACGGCCCCUCGCCCAGCCAUGCAUCCCACCGCUCAAACUGCAGUGAGAUCCAGCGCUCCAAAACCAGUGCUGACUGUACGGCCUCCCACUGCUUCCUGCACCGCCGGUAUCCCUGCUCAUCCAAGUCCAAACCCCAGCAACGUCCUGCCCCAGAGGGUCCUGCUCAGCCCAGAUAUGCAAGCUAGGUUGCCUUCUGGUGAGGUAGUGAGCAUAGCCCAGCUCGCCUCCCUGGCAGGACGACCUGUGUCGUCAUGUCAGGGCAGUAAACCCGUCACCUUCCAGCUUCAGGGCAACAAGUUGACUCUGUCUGGAGCUCAGAUCCACCAAGUCCCAGCAGCGUCUCCACGCCCAGUUCAAGGUAAUGUGAUGCACCUGGUGUCCAGCGGGGUGCAGCACCACCUCAUCAGCCAGCCUGCCCAGGUGGCUGUCCAGAGCGCAGCCAACACACAUCCUGCAAACACCUCCUCCACUGCUCCACCUGCAAACCGGCUGCCUCACAAUGCCUCAGCACAAGUGCCCCCCACCAUGGUGAGCAGCCCCGGCGUCGUGAAGAUUGUUGUGCGUCAGACAGCAGGCAAGGACGGCGGGCCUGUGCCCACCCUGGCUGUGGCCCCUUCCCCUCGUGUUGCUCCUCAGGCAUCUCCUUCCCCGCACCCCCACGCCAACACAACCCCUGUCAGAAACACAGCUCCACUGCAAAUUGCCCAGCGCACCCCUGGUCCCGCUACCGCCCACUACACCAUGGCUCCUCCCGGAAACCCCAGCCCGACCCCGAACCAGCCCCACCCCCCUCGCCCUGUCCUCAAAGUAGUGCAGCCUCCUCCAUGGAGCACAGAGCAGCCAGCUCCAGCUCAGGUCACCUCUUCAUCCUCUGUGUCCAAGUCUUCAUCAGCACCACGUGACGGCAGCAGCAGUCAGACACCAGUUAGCACCAAGUCCAGGUCCAGUACAGGAGCCAAAGCCUUCCCUCCUCCCAGGAGAGUGCCGCGUCCACCUCCUCGCUCGCCCUUUCACAUGUCAUGGCUGGCAGACAGCCUCAAACAGCAGCGCGACAGCCGACUGGACUUCAUCAUUCGAGUCAACGAGAACCACUGUGCAGCAAAGCCCGUGUACGGCAGAGAGGUUUUGGACUUCCUGACUUUCCUCCCUGGUCCCCGUCCCUCGCCGGCCGCCCUGAGCGCUCAGGAGGAGUGGGGCCGCUCGGGCCACAGCAGCGCUCUCUACGCACAGCAGCACAACAAAUACAACUUCUGGUUUCAGAGUCACGCUGUGAGAGAAGCCAUCCACAGCAUCGAAGACAGGCUGGAGCUGCUCAAUGACAUCAUAGACAGGUUUACGUUUGCCAUUCCUCCAGUGGAGGCUCCUCCCAUCUCCAUGCACUGCUGCCACCCUCCUCCGUCUCUGAGCCACAAGCAGGCCGUCUUCUCCACCUUGUUGUCAUCUCAGGUCGCUCCACUCACGGGCAGCCUCCAUCGUAUCCAGUGUUACAUGAGGACCCAGUUCCCAGACCUGAGACUCAUACAGUAUGACUGUGGUAAGCUGCAGACUCUCCACACUUUGCUGCGUAAGCUGAAGACAGGAGGCCACAGAGUGCUGAUCUUCACUCAGAUGACGCGUAUGUUGGACGUGUUGGAGCAGUUCCUCAACUACCACGGACACAUCUACCUCCGUCUGGAUGGCAGCACGCGUGUGGAGCAGAGACAGGCCCUCAUGGAGCGCUUCAACGCAGAUCGACGUAUUUUCUGCUUCAUUUUGUCAACUCGCAGCGGAGGUGUAGGCGUGAACCUGACGGGAGCCGACACAGUGGUGUUCUACGACAGCGACUGGAACCCCACCAUGGAUGCCCAGGCGCAGGACCGCUGCCACAGAAUCGGCCAGACCAGAGACGUCCACAUCUACAGAAAUGACUCCAUCAGCAUCACUGCUCUGUUUGAGCCUGUUAAUGUCGAGACAGAUCAAGUGCCUCCUUUUUCAUUUUCCUUUAAGUACAGAGGACUGUUUUCCUUUCAGCUCAAUAUGACUCAUUUUCAAUAUGUUCCUCAGCAAACCAUCCGAGAGCUCUUUGAUAUGAACGACGGGGAGAGGAGGGAGGUGGCAGUGGAGCUCUCAGUGCCCCAGGCUGAGGAGGAGGAGGCUGUCAACAAACAGAGCACCACCAUUCUGGAGCAGGCCCUGUGUCGUGCCGAGGAUGAGGAGGACAUAGUUGCUGCCUCUCAGGCCAAAGCGGAGCAGGUGGCAGAACUGGCGGAGUUCAAUGAGAACAUACCACUGGAUGAUGGAGGGGAACAGGAGGAGGUGGAGGAGCUCUCCAAGGCCGAGCAGGAGAUCGCUGCUCUGGUGGAGCAGCUCACUCCAAUUGAACGCUACGCCAUGAACUUCCUGGAAGCCUCACUAGAAGACGUGUGCAAAGAGGAGUUGAAGCAGGCUGAGGAACAAGUGGAGGCUGCCAGGAAGGGCCUGGACCAAGCCAAGGAGGAGGGCCUUAAGCUUCAUGCUUCAUCCGAUGAUGACGAGGAUGACUUUUUGUCACCGCCAGCCUCUGUGGAGCCUGCUCAGCCAGCCCGCCGUGGCCGUAAACCUAAGGACAAGGACAAGAUUGUCACCUCGACAAGGACCAGCGGUCGACUGCGUGGGGCCUCACCUGAAACGGAACCUGAGCCCACAACCCCUAGAGAAGUGCCUGAAAGACUCCGCUGCGGUCUGAGAGGACGAGGAGCUGCCAAAGACACUGGUACUGUGUCUACCACCCCGUCCCGCACAGACCAUCACAAAACCUCCUCGUCAACCAGGCUUCAAGAUUCCUCCAAGUCGUCAAAAGCCUCAUCUCCUGCCAGAGAUCACCAGACCAUCAAAACCAGGACUCUGCCAAACCGCUCCCAUCCCAGUCCAGUGCCUUCCCCUCCUACGACCUCUCCCCCUGGAGGGAAACAACAGUGUGUUGGGGAGACCGACAGCAAGACCUCCAAAGCCUGCAAAGAGGAGAAGGAAGGGGAGAAGGAGAGGAGGGUGUCUGAGUCUUCGCUAGAAUCCAGCUGCCCGGCGGACCAUCAGGCAAAAGAUGAUGACACCAAAGACCACAGCGCCAUGUCUCCCCCCUCCACCAGCUCCAGAUCACCUCGCAAGCGUCAGUCAGCAGAUGGUGAAGUCCUGCGGGGCCUGGUUGAAGACUCUCCAUCGGCCAAAGUCCUGCGAAAACUUCCAGGGAGGUUGGUCACCGUGGUGGAAGAGAAAGAGCCAAGGAGGAGGAGGCGAAGAGGAAGCGGCACCGGAGGUGGAACUUCUUCAGAGGAGGCCACCGUGGAGGAGAACACUGCUGGAUUCGUUGAUGAACCAAACAAAGACAACACGUCACUGAGCCCUGACAGCAAAACAAAAGGGACCGUUACCAAAUCUCCUCAGGACCAAGACUCUACUCCUAGUCCGUCUGUGCACCCACCGCCUGUCAGAAGUUAUCCUCCAUAUUCCCCGUCCCAUCUUUCUCCUGACAUGCCUGUGCUGAGAAAUCUUCCCGUGCGGCGCAGGCUGGAAACUGAAUCUCGCAUGGCUGCUCAGCUGGGAGAACAACAGCAGCAUCUGGGUCGGGGAAGGGGAGGAAACCAGUCCAGAAAAACAGACGUACAACCAGGCAAAGAUGCCACUGCAACUUCCACAGACUCCAGUGUGAACUCUGUUGUGGCACCUUUGAAGAGAAAGAGGGGCCGGCCCCCUAAGACUCCCCCAAGGUUACCAGAGUCUGACAGCACAGUGACCCCUUCUUCACAGCCCACCUCGCCAAGUGAGGAAGGGAAUCCUCCUCUUUCCCCGAAACGUAAGAGAGGUCGCCCUCGCAAAGACUCCACAACUGCACCAGAGACUGUCAGUGAAGGACAUAACUCUAAAAAUGAGACCACAACUACUGGUGUAUCUGGUAUAUCCAAAACUGAUGCUAGCACAGAGCCAACUGUCUCACCUCCCCAUAAGUCAGAGACCCCUAUAGCUGCUGUUGUCACUACAAGUUACGCCUCCCAGUCUACCAAAGCUGAGGGAACAGAAACCAAGAGUGAGGUUACAUCCCCUUCUCCAAAUCCAGCUAAAGCCCCCACAGCAACAUCAACAACAGAUAAAGCUUCCACACCAGUUGCAGCUUCAGUGCAAGUACCCACUACACCUGCACCCUUUCCUGUGGUUGCCUCCACGUCAGCUUCAGCCCAAUUCAUUAGCUCAGCUCCAGCUCCAGUUUCAAGCCCAGACACAGCAGCAACCCACGUGUCCCCCGCAUCCUCUGUCCCACUUUCCACGUCUACCACCAUCCCAGUUACUGCUACCCCCACUACCACGGCUCCACUGCCACCUGCUAGCACCAUCACAUCAACUCUUCCAGGUAUAAAACCAACACUUGUGGUUUCCACUGCUUCUAAAGCUCCCAUAGAGCCAAAACCUUCAGUUUCUACAACUGUGAAAACAACAGGACCAGACUCUGCCAAAACCGCCACAGUUGCCACUCCAGCUGCUGCCACCCCAUCGACUGUGUCAUCUCCUGCCACGGCUGUCAAAGCAGUUCCCACAUCAGUCGCUGCUGCAACAAUCACAACAGCCGCUAACGUAGUAUCAAAAACAGUCAGCGUUACACCAGCAGUCACCACUACAGCAAAAUCAGUCGCAACAAAAAGUACAACUGUGAAGGAAUUGAAGCAAGUUACUGCUUUGUCAUCUACGACAUCUUCCCCAGCUGGUGUAACUUCCACCCCAGCUACCAUAACCUCCACCUCAGCUGCUGUAACUUCCCUCCCAGCUACCAUAACCUCCGCCUCAGCUGCUGUAACUUCCCUCCCAGCUACCAUAACCGCCGCCUCAGCUGGUGUAACUUCCCUCCCAGCUACCAUAACUGCCGCCUCAACUGGUGUAACUUCCCUCCCAGCUACCAUAACUGCCGCCUCAGCUGCUGUAACUUCCCUCCCAGCUACCAUAACCUCCGCCUCAGCUGGUGUAACUUCCACCCCAGCUACCAUAACCUCCACCUCAGCUGCUGUAAGUUCCACCCCAGCUACCAUAACCUCUGCUCCAGCUACCAUAACCUCUUCGUAGGCUAAUGUAACCUCCGCUCCAGCUAC